AUAAACUAGUGUUUUUUUCAAAGCUCUAACCAACACCAUUUUCAGCUACCCCCAACUCUAUUAUUUCUAUAUAUACUCUGUUUCUUGUUUUCACCACCGCCGUCUGACGGAUCUCCCUAUGUUUCAUCAUCUUCCUGACUUUCCUUCCUGCUGUAUACCCUCCCCUUUCCAGUCUCACUCUUUCUCUGCCUGAACUCCUCCACAACGAGCAAGGUUCUAGGAUGGCUUUAGCUCCAACUUCCGCCCAGCUAUCAAAACCCAUCUUUUCUUCCAAACCCAUUUCGCAAAGGAGUCUAUUUCCGUUACCCGCUACCUCUAAGCUACAGCCUCGGAAAUCUUUAAUCCGAUGUUCUGUGGCGGUGUCUCCGGCGACUGCCGCCGUGCCCGCUGCGGCCAAGGUGAAGUCUGUGAAGGCUAGGCAGAUAAUUGACAGCAGGGGAAACCCGACCGUGGAAGUGGAUCUGGUGACUGAAAGUGGGCUGUACCGAUCGGCGGUGCCUAGUGGAGCUUCCACCGGGAUCUACGAGGCAUUGGAGCUCAGAGAUGGUGACAAGAGUGUUUAUGGAGGCAAAGGCGUCUUGAAUGCUGUGAAGAAUAUCAAUGAAUUCUUGGGUCCUAAGCUUGUAGGAGUGGAUAUCAGGAACCAGGCUGCUGUAGAUGCACUUAUGUUGGAGAUUGAUGGAACACCAAACAAAUCCAAACUCGGAGCAAAUGCAAUACUAGGAAUAUCUCUGAGUGUGUGUAGAGCUGGUGCUGGAGCCAAAGGGAUACCUCUGUAUAAACACAUUCAGGAGCUAUCGGGGACCAAAGAGCUUGUCAUGCCGGUUCCUGCAUUCAAUGUGAUCAAUGGAGGCAGUCAUGCUGGCAACAAUCUGGCCAUGCAAGAGUUCAUGAUUUUACCGGUUGGAGCCACCACAUUUGCUGAGGCUCUUAAAAUGGGCAGUGAAGUGUACCACACCCUCAAGGGAAUCAUCAAAGCAAAAUAUGGACAAGAUGCAUGCAAUGUAGGAGAUGAAGGGGGAUUUGCUCCAAAUGUUCAGGAUAACAGGGAGGGUUUAGUUUUACUAAUGGAUGCAAUUGAUAAAGCAGGCUAUGCUGGAAAGAUCAAGAUAGGUAUGGAUGUUGCAGCAUCAGAGUUCCUUACGAAAGACGGGAAGUAUGACCUUAAUUUCAAGAAUCAGCCAAAUGAUGGUUCUCAUGUGCUUACUCCUGAGAGCCUUCUUGAUCUGUACAAACAGUUUGUCAAGGAUUUCCCUAUUGUAUCAAUUGAAGAUCCCUUUGAUCAAGAUGAUUGGAGGUCAUGGGCAGCUCUAGAAUCUUCCGUGGAUAUACAGAUUGUGGGUGAUGAUUUGUUGGUCACAAAUCCAAAAAGAAUAGCUGAAGCUAUUCAGAAAAAGGCUUGCAAUGCUUUACUGCUCAAGGUUAAUCAAAUAGGUAGUGUGACAGAAUCCAUACAAGCAGCGCUUGACUCAAAAGCAGCAGGAUGGGGUGUCAUGGUCAGCCACAGGAGUGGUGAAACCGAGGACAACUUCAUUGCCGACUUGUCUGUUGGUCUGGCCAGUGGACAGAUCAAGACAGGUGCCCCCUGCCGAAGUGAGCGUCUAGCCAAGUAUAACCAGCUUCUACGCAUCGAAGAGGAACUCGGAAACGUGCGCUAUGCUGGUGAAUUUUUCAGAGCACCAUGAGAAAGAUGGCAAGCUUAUGAUGGAAAGUGUUACGGACAUGAUUGGGAUACGAAAAUACAACAAAAAUUGAUAGAACAACUUCUCCAUCUUGUCAAGACUUCACGGAAUAAGUCAACUCAAAGUAAAUCUCAAAAAACUGUGAGACUGCGACCCGUUGUCCCGUUCCAAAGUACCUGCGAACCAUUCACCUUGCGUUUAGAAACGCAGUCUUUUUAUUCCAUACUCAAAACUUUAGAAAAUUUGACUUUUUGGUCCCAACAACUGCUAAACCAUUGUAGCUUUUGGUCCUUGACUACAUUUUUUCCCCCACUGUUUGUGUACGACUCACAUGUGUCACUUUUGGUCCAUAUGAUUGCUUUUGCUGCCUGUUUAUAACCCUUAGGUGGCUAGGUUAUAAAGUUUUUGUUUUUGUCACUUUUGGUAUUCAGUCUUGUUUUUUCCCCACACUUUGAUUGUGUCACUUUCAACAAUAUUUUACCGCUACGGUUUCUUCAAGUUUGGAUCUGAUUUGACAUGUCUG